CAAACCAAUGUUACAUGUGAGCCGUAUUGCAGCAAAAUGCACGGUGUGAUGGCUCGAAAUGGCUGUCGAAUGUCAGCACUGGACAGCUCCCGCUAAAGAUUUGUCCCCGAUCCUUCGCAAUACAUUCCUCAGGCUGGCUUUCAGCAAUUCACCCGGGAAAAUUUGGUCGAUAUUAUUGAAGGUACACUGGACUUGACGUCAGGGCGAUGCUUUACGUAGCAUUCGGUGCGUAAACACUGUUUCCCAUUCAAGCUCAGAGAUAUACCACUUUCAUUUCGUCUGCUAGCAUCCAGCUCAUGAGAAAACCAGUUUGUUUUCCCACUUAGUACAGCAGCAACCCGAGUGCAGGAAGCGUCUGCAAUAUCAUUCUGCAUCCUUUACAUGUCUCAAGCCCUUCUCUUUCCUUUGUAUAUCAAGAUAAUUAUGAAACAAAAAUAUUGCCUUUCCCUGCGAUUUGUAGCACUAAUGGUGUUUGCAAUUUGCACCUUACCGGGCAUGGCCAGCGAAGACAAACAAUACGUUAACGAGUGGGCAGUGGAAGUGCUUGGAGGACCCGAGGUGGCGAAAGCUAUUGCCGAAGAACUGGAUUAUGAUUUUAUGGGUCAGAUUGGAGCACUUCAAAAUCACUAUCUGCUCAGACACAAAAUUCAUCCACGAAGGUCUCGAAGGAGUGCUGAUCACUUUACAAAAAGAUUGUUUGAAGAUGAACGGGUGUCAUGGGCAGAACAACAGUAUGAAAAGCAAAGAAGUAAGCGGUCUCCUGUAAGGGACUGUACAGAUUGCAUGGCAGAGAAAAUGUUUACUGAUCCCAUGUGGAAUCAGCAAUGGUAUCUACAAGAUACAAGGACUUCAUCAUCCCUGCCAAAACUAGAUCUACACGUUAUCCCUGUGUGGAAGAAGGGAAUAACAGGUAAAGGAAUUGUGCUUACUGUGCUUGAUGAUGGAUUGGAAUGGAAUCACACGGAUAUUCAAGCAAAUUAUGAUCCAGAAGCAAGCUAUGAUUUUAAUGAUAAUGACCCUGAUCCGUUUCCCAGAUAUGACCCAACCAAUGAAAAUAAGCAUGGUACAAGGUGUGCUGGGGAAAUUGCAAUGCAAGCCAAUAACAAGAAAUGUGGAGUAGGAGUAGCUUACAAUUCAAAAGUUGGAGGCAUCAGAAUGCUGGAUGGCAUCGUAACAGAUGCAAUUGAAGCCACUUCAAUUGGAUUCAAUCCACAGCAUGUAGAUAUUUAUAGUGCAAGCUGGGGUCCAAAUGAUGAUGGAAAGACUGUGGAAGGUCCUGGGAGACUUGCACAAAAAGCAUUUGAAUAUGGCAUUCAGAAGGGUAGAGGAGGAAAAGGGUCAAUUUUUGUCUGGGCAUCUGGGAAUGGCGGUCGUCAAGGUGAUAACUGUGACUGUGAUGGGUACACAGAUAGCAUCUAUACAGUUUCUAUAAGCAGUGCAUCACAACAAGGGCUGUCUCCAUGGUAUGCAGAAAAAUGUUCUUCCACACUGGCUACAGCUUACAGCAGUGGAGACUACACAGACCAAAGAAUUACAAGUGCCGAUCUUCACAAUGACUGCACAGAGACUCACACUGGCACGUCAGCAUCAGCUCCAUUAGCUGCAGGCAUUAUUGCCCUUGCUCUGGAAGAAAACCCAAAUCUUACAUGGAGGGAAUUGCAACAUUUAAUUGUCUGGACUUCUGAAUAUGAUCCGCUGGCCAACAACCUAGGCUGGAAAAGGAAUGGAGCCGGUCUAAUGGUGAACAGUAGAUUUGGUUUUGGCUUGCUUAAUGCCAAAGCACUGGUUGAUAUGGCAGAUCCUAAAACCUGGAACGGAGUGCCAGAGAAGAAACAAUGCAUUGUCAAAGAUAAUAUUUUUGAAUCCAGGGCCUUGAAAGCUGGUGGAGAGAUUACUAUAGAAAUCCCCACCACAGCUUGUGAAGGGCAAGACAAUAAUAUUAAAGCUUUGGAACAUGUCCAACUGGAAGCAACAAUUGAAUAUACUCGGAGAGGAGACCUUCACAUCACUCUGACAUCUCCUGCAGGAACCAACACUGUGCUCUUAGCAGAACGUGAAAGGGACUCCUCACCAAAUGGUUUUAAGAACUGGGCCUUUAUGUCAGUGCACACCUGGGGAGAGGAUCCAUUGGGCACAUGGCUUUUGAGGAUUACUGAUGUGUCUGGAAGAAUGGAAAACAAAGGGGAAAUCAUUGACUGGAAACUGAUUUUACAUGGUACCUCCACCAAGCCACAGCAUAUGCAGAAGCCAAGGGUAUACACUCCUUAUAAUGCUGUGCAGAAUGACAGGAGAGGUGUGGAAACCAUGGAUGAACUUAUAGAGGAUGACAUUUUCAGGGAUGUUGAUCCUAGAAAUCCGUACAGAACGGGGAACACCAGCAAAGAAAAUGUCAACAUGGAAGACACUAAAGAAGAAGUAGCCUUACGUGCUAAUUCUGCUGAAAAGCCAUAUGACCAACAAAAUCAAGAUAAUAGAGCUCUGCAAUUUUUCCAUUCCAGCAGGUCCCAUGAGGAUAUGAAAUUACCUCAUCAGAACUUCUACCAAGCCACUGGAAAACUAAACAAACAGCUUCAUUUGAAAGGCUUGGAGGAAAGCGAAGUAAAUGAAUACAGUGACCAACUUUAUGAUGCCAAACCUAUUAAGCAUAGAGAUGAUACAUUGCUGCAAGCUUUAUUAGAGAUAUUGGCAGAGAGUCAAUAAUUAUUUGGUUGUGAGCAGGUUUUGUGUUAAAUAGAGUAUUGUCUUUGUAUAUUUGUGAUUCUGUGUAAAGAAGUAAAUGAAUUUGACAAGAAAUUAUCUUGAUAAAGCAUUUAAAUAUAUUUUCAUUAUUUAUUUGUAGAUGGUAUAAUUUUCACGAUAUCCAUGAAUUAUCGUGUGGCUAUGUACAGUAGAUUUUGCUUCAUGGUACAAAAGUGUAGGCUGUGGACCUGAACAUAAAUAUUAAAACCACAUCCAAAGAUCUGAAGCAUCAUAACAGUAAAAUAUAGUCUAAUAGAAUCCAAAAUAUCAGUUAAUUGUUUGUAAACAAAUCAUUAAUACUUUAUAGUAAUGAUCAUAGACCUUUUGUUAACAAAGAUUUUAUUUUGCUAAUGAAUGGACAGAUUAUUUAGACCUAGUUUCACAAGAUGGUUGUUUACUUGAUUAAUUGUUUGAUGAUGUGGAAAGCUUGACAAUCUAUCAUAAUUUUUACACAAAAUACUUCAUCAUAAAGCCAGCUUGCAUUUG